AUGGGCCAUCACAGGGGUGCAGAGGCGAUCAACGCAGCGACUGGUGUAACCACUCGUCAAAAUGGGCUUCGCAAAACCCAGCCUUACUGGUACGAGUUUCAGACAUAUUCGAAAUUGCGUUGGUUUGGUCGAGAGCUCAUCGAGAUCAUGACGACUGAGUUUCGCGAUCGCACCAAGGAGUACUAUGUAUGGGCGAUUCACAAGGGGAUAUGUACUGUCAAUGCCAAAAAAGCCGACUUACAUCAGAUCCUUGGCGACGGCGACAAGAUUUGCAAUAGUGUCCACAGACACGAACCACCGGUAACAGAUGAACCGAUCAAAAUCAUUCACAGAGACGAUGACGAAGGAAUUCUAGUGAUUGUCAAACCGGGAUCGAUACCUGUUCAUGCUGCAGGGAGAUACUUGCGUCAUACGCUGGUCGGCCUCCUCCAGUCAGAGCACGGUGUCGACAUGGUGUAUACGACAAAUCGCCUAGAUAGACUGACGAGCGGUAUCAUGGUCUGCUCGACCAAGAAGGAGACCGCAUCCAGACUCGGCGCUCAAUUUGCAGCUGGACAAGUCAACAAAGCCUACGUCUGUCGUGUGCGAGGCAAAUUCCCUCAAGGCGAGGUCGUCUGCAAACAGCCGAUCCUGACCAUUGACCGUCAGAGCGGAGUCAACAUUGUCCACCCAAAAGGCAAACACUGCGAAACCAUAUUUGUUCGCCUCUCGUACGACGCUUCCGACGACUCUUCGGUCGUCUUUUGUCGUCCCAUCACGGGUCGCACGCAUCAGAUUCGUGUACACGUCCAGUAUCUGGGACAUCCCAUUUGCAACGAUCCCAUCUACGGUCACGACGUAUGGAGCAAAGUCGAUAGUUCUGCUUUUGCCGAGGUCAUCCCUGAUCAAUGGAAGAAAGUCGGUGGCGAGAUCGGGCACAAGGAAGUCGAGAAGAUCGUCGAUGCGAUCAAGGGCGAUCAGGAUGGACAAGAGGACUGGGCAAGGUGGAAGGACGAAGUGCUCUUCAAAGACAUGAUUGCUCGAGAAGGCCUCGAAAAUGUUCACGUCCCUGGGCCCAAUGGCCGUUCCAGUCGACCUUCCGACGAACUACUCAAACGAGCAUUGGCUAAACUAGAAUUGGACACAGCUGAUGUUCCAACAAAAGGUCUCAAUCGACCUGUCGACAUUGAGACAGCUUGGCAGAAGCGAGUCCGAGAACAGUCAUCUGAUUUCUGUCCCGAAUGCAAAAUCCCACUUCUACCCGACCCGAAACCAGAGGAGCUUUACAUCUAUCUACACGCGAUCAAGUACUGGACAGACGAAUGGUCGUUUGAAGACGCUUUACCUUGGUGGGCCAGAGAAGACUGGCAGUCAAUCACGCCUCACGGUUCAGGUACAGCUCAAGGUGCAGCAGAAGCGACACUACCAGAGGGGCUGGCAAUAGCUCACAAGUCUGGGACUCUGCUCUCAAGUACUGCCAUCUCGAGCCUGAUCACAAGCGAGAUCGAGGAAAAGGCAUCCAGAUUGGCCGAGCCGCAAAAAUAUGCCAAGCACGAUCAAGGUGUGGAGCUGACACAGGUGAGACAGCUGGUAGACUAUCCGGUCGUCGAUACUGGAUCAUCGAGCAGGAGCAGCAACAAUGAGCAGAUGGCAGCUGCGAUGGAAGUUGUUGACGUUCCAGUCGUGUUUCAAGUGUUUGGCGGAUUCGAAGACUUUGCUCAACGCGAGAUUCUGCAGCAAACGCUCUUGCGUGCAUCCGGCGAUGAGGACGCCUUGACACACAAGCUCGGUGUUUCUUCCAGCAUCCACUCUGGGCACGUCAAGGUGCUGGAUAACAAGCUCGCUGGGCAUGCAUUGCAAGUCUAUUUUGAUGCUAAGCUCGGUAUCGCCAAGACAGCAUAUUUGCUGACGGCGGUGCGUGAAUUUCCGCGAGAGUUGGCAAAGGAGCUUAAGCACGAAAAGCACAUUGGCGGUGCGAGCAAAAGGGCCAAAUGGAAGGCGAAAGAGCUGCGCAAGGCACUGCAAAAGAAGGAGGGCAAGAAGCUGGCGACGCAACCGACCACGCCAGGGAUCAUCCAAAAGCCGUCUAUCCUGCAGAAAGAUGGCGAGAAGAACGAAUCAUCUCGCUCCAUGACUGCCCCAUCUGCUGAUGGCAAAGCAACCAUUUCAACUACAGCUGUCGAAGAAGCGACAAGCUCAGCCGUUAGUGAGGCCGAGACCGAUGAAGGUGCGCCAUUUCCUUCCGAGGUCAAGUUGCUUGAGCUACUCGACGACAUUUGGGAGGCGUCACGUUCGCAGCUCGACCGAGCACUCGAAAGCUGGAAAUGCAUCGUCGCCGCAACCACCGGUGUUCCCGUCGCCACUUCGUGCCGCACAUAUCGAGCCACCGUUGACCGGGCCACGUACAAUCUUCCAAGUCUCAACACUCAGACCAUGGAACGAUAUGUGGGCGAACUUGCCUGGGAUUGGCUCAACGGUCCCGACACGCCUAAUACCGAUCUGAAUGCUCCGACCAACUGGCGAGUCGAUUUGGAAAAGCCUAUGGUGGAUAUCACGCUCAAAUUCUUACCCGGGUUCGGCAUCGGAGACGAGUUUGAAAAGGAGCUCGGCGAACAGGACGAUCCGGCGCUCAAGACGGAAGGACAGAUCGCGUUCAUGAUUAAACUGCCUCCACCAGCGACAGCAAACCCUCGACGACCGGCGGGAAGGAAUGCGUUAUUGGUUGGAGGAACAGCCAUGGCCGAAUACCGAGCUGCAUCUCUAGCGCUUGCGCUUCCGCUACCAACGGAGCGAAAGACUCUGAAUGGUGUGCAGUCCGGUCCAGAAGUUGCGCCGCUGCGUGUGCUCGAGGCUUGUUGUGGACAUGGAUCACUGGUUUUUGAGACCGCAGCGAUGAUGGAAGCUCGAGGACUUCACGGCCAAGUGUUGGGUUGCGAUAUCGACAAUGAAACUAUCGAGCGCGCACGUUGCAUCUCGAAUCUCGCUGGAUUCUCAAGCUCGAGCGGAGCUGUUUCUGUGCAACUGGAAGCCAUCGACGGUACCGAUUGCUCUGCGCUCCAAUCGUUUGUCGGAGGCUCUUGCUCUGUUGAUGCCAUCAUCACCGAUCUACCGUGGGGUAAGCGGGAAAAAGCGUCGCAAUCGCUGUCCAAACUCUACCACUUGUUUCUCGAAUCGUGGUUCUCGGUGCUCCGAACCGGCGGAUACAUCCUAACGGUCACCGCAGAACAUCGGACGCUCUCACGAGCUCUCAGUGUCUUUGAAACCACUUGCAGAAAGAAGCGAUUGGGAGCAUGCCUCAGGAUGGAAGAUGUGAGGAUGCUGGACAAGAACGGAAGUGGAUUGGAGCAGAACAAAGUGAAGCAACAGGGUGUGUUAGAAGCACAGAGAAACGGACAGAUGAGGAAGAUCGAGAUCGGAUACCAUGUAUAUGUGUUUAUGAUCCGCAAGAUUGCCAUCUGA